AUGCCUGAUACGAGGUGGGAGACCACUGUGAACCAUGCCAAGAAAUGUAAACGUGAUACAAAGACGUAUUUAUACUAUCCUCCCAGUUCACAGCCAAAAAUUGGUGUCGUGUUUGAUUGUGUGGGACAAGUUAUGGGGUUAUAUUCGGAAUCGGAAUCCCUGCAUGUUCCCGUUGAUAAGCUCUCUGAGACUCAGAAGGCACGCUUCUCUUACCAAAUGAUUUUUUCUGUUUUACCUUCUUUCAUCCUUUUAUGGGCUCAUGCCCUCGAGUUGGUGGUAUCUGCAUUUAAGCACAGGGUAGAUGUUAUCCCCAUUGAUGAUUAUACUUCUCUUACUCAGCGCUCUUUGCCCUCAUCUGAAGGUGUUCACCCCAAUAACUCCAACGACCCAGAUUGGCCCAAUGUAUACGACUUUGGGACUUCUGCCAUGAAUGGUGCUUACAAUCCUACAAAUCCUGGUACAUCGUUUCAAGGUAGCAUUGUACCCACAUUUCCCAGUUGGCCAACAAAUAGUCCUAGGGUACAUGGCUUGCAGAACACUGGCAAUAUGGCCCCAGACACUGGCACCAACUUCUCGAGCUACGACACAGUGCCUCUCCAUUCUGAUGGGGACAUAGACAACUUGCUGAAUUUUCCGAAUUCUGAUCUUGAACUUGUUGAGAACCAUGGUUUGGAGUCACUUGCUGAUCAACAGACUGUCCAUGCUGCAGUUGUUCCUAGUGAAGACCCGGCGGAGAUGGGGCGAUAGCAUCCAAGGGUCUGGGAUGAUUGUUCAGGAUGAGAAAGCUUGUCAUUUUGAAAAAUAACAAUGGUGCUAAAAAGCAGAGACUCGACUAAUGUGCUGGCCAGAAUGAUUCAAUCAUAUCACAUACACAGUGCAAGCAACUGCUUCCCAUUCAUAGAUUGUGUGAAGUUA